UGUUUAUUUUGUGGAACAAGCCGGGGGAAAAAUGGGGUAGCCAGAUGGGAAAGGUGUGUGUGUGGGGUGAGUGAAGGGCUUGUUACACACAGGUUGCGUGUUGGAUGUAUUUGUUUGUUGAUGAUAAUGAUGAUGAUGAUGUUCCACAAGGUCGUACGUUUUGGUCGUCAAGGAUCCCAGAUGGAGGGUAAGUAG